GUAUGCCGAGGUUCAGUAAAUUUAUUGUUCUGUGAUUCAUAAGAAAGUUGUGUGUUGAACCACUUUUUGAAGAACAUAUUGUUUAUUGAAAGGCACAGAGACUCCAUCAUGUCUACUAGGAGCCGUAAUACUCCUGCUUUUGAGGACUUAUCCAAUGUUGAAUUUGAAACUAGUGAAGAUGUGGAGGUUAUUGAUAAAUUUUCUAAAAUGCAUUUGAGAGAAGAACUGACCAGGGGUAUUUAUGCAUAUGGUUUUGAGAAACCGUCUGCCAUUCAACAGAGAGCUAUUAAACCCAUAAUGAAGGGCCGCGAUGUUAUCGCUCAAGCUCAAUCUGGAACAGGAAAAACGGCUACAUUUUCAAUUGCUAUUUUGCAAUCACUUGAUCUGACCGUCCGAGAGACCCAAGUAUUGUGCCUCUCACCUACCAGGGAGUUAGCCGUUCAGAUUCAGAAAGUAAUUUUAGCUUUAGGAGAUUUCAUGAAUGUCCAAUGCCACGCUUGCAUUGGAGGCACAAAUCUUGGUGAAGACAUUCGCAAACUUGACUAUGGACAACAUGUAGUUAGUGGUACACCUGGAAGAGUUUAUGAUAUGAUUCGUAGAAGAGCUCUUCGCACUAGAUCAGUAAAAAUGUUAGUCCUGGAUGAAGCAGAUGAGAUGCUCAACAAAGGUUUCAAGGAACAAAUUUAUGAUGUUUACAGAUUUUUACCACCAUCAACACAAGUGGUCUUGAUUUCUGCCACUUUGCCACAUGAGAUUCUUGAAAUUACAUCAAAGUUCAUGACAGAUCCAAUCCGUAUUUUGGUAAAACGUGAUGAACUUACACUGGAAGGUAUAAAACAAUUCUUUGUGGCAGUUGAAAGAGAGGAGUGGAAGUUUGAUACUUUAUGUGAUUUGUAUGACACAUUGACAAUAACACAGGCGGUUAUUUUUUGCAACACUAAAAGGAAAGUCGAUUGGUUGACUGAAAAAAUGAGGGAAAGCAAUUUUACAGUGAGCGCAAUGCAUGGUGAUAUGCCUCAAAAAGAACGAGAUAAUAUAAUGAAAGAAUUUCGAUCAGGUCAAAGUAGGGUUUUGAUAACUACUGAUGUUUGGGCCAGAGGUAUAGAUGUACAACAAGUAAGCUUGGUUAUAAAUUAUGACCUACCAAAUAACAGGGAAUUAUACAUUCAUCGUAUCGGCAGGUCAGGAAGGUUCGGACGUAAAGGUGUUGCGAUCAAUUUUGUUAAAUCUGAUGAUAUCAGAAUUUUGAGAGAUAUUGAACAGUAUUAUUCAACGCAGAUAGAUGAAAUGCCUAUGAAUGUAGCUGAUCUUAUUUGAACACUUUAUUUUUUUCUUUUAUUGGAAGU